CCCUCCGCUCCUCCUCCCGUGCCCCGCCUUCCUUUCUCUCUCGUCGUUUUCACUGAGCGCUCCAGGUUGGGAGCGUUCAGUUGAUUUCCCAGCUACCCCGCCCCCCUUCCUCUUUUCUCCCCACCCCUCCCUUCUCAGCCCCGUGGAGGAUGAAGCGGCUGCAGUGGCCCCAGCCCCAGCAGCGGCACCGGCGGUGGCUGCGGUGGGGGUGGCCGGAACUGGGGUGGUGAAGAAGCGGUGGCGGCGGCGGCGGUGGCUGAAGGAGCGGCAGCCGCCCCAGCCGCUUCCCCUGUGCUUCCCUUCCUCUUUAGUGCAGCCAGGAAAUUUUUCGCUUCUGUGCAUGUGUGUGUGCGUGAGUGUGGGUGUGUGAGGUGAAGGUUUGGGCGGCGUUUGUGCAGGCGCUGGGUUUUUUGCCCACUUCUCUUCCCGUAACCCGGGUAGACUCCCGAGCCUGGGCUGUGGCCCGAAGAGGGGGCGCGGCGGCGGGCUCUCUCCUUUUGUUGUUGUUUCCUCCGCCUGGGGAGCUGAAGGGGGGACGCGCCUGGGUGGGGCGGCUCGGAGCCGGGGCCUGGUGGCCCCCGGGGCUCCCGGGCGGGCAGGGUAGGGCAGAGCAGAGCGGGCUUCAACAUGAUGGCGGCCGGGACCGGCAGUGAGGAGGGCGGCCCGGUCACCGCCGGGGCAGCCGGAGGCGGCGGGGCCGCGGGCUCGAGUGCCUAUCCGGCGGUGUGUCGGGUGAAGAUACCCGCGGCCUUGCCUGUGGCCGCCGCCGCCCCCUAUCCUGGGCUGGCGGAGGCUGAAGUGGCCGGGACUCUGGGUGGCGGAGCCGGUUUGGGGUCAGGGUUCCUGGGACCCGGGUCUGUGGCGGGGGCACUGGGGGGAGCCGGACUGUCAGGGGGAGGUGCUGCUGCUGGCGUGGCCGGUGCUGCCGCCGCUGGACCCGGCGGGGAGAUGGCUCUCACCAAGGGGACCACUUCGUUGCCUGCUGAGACCUUCGGGGCAGGCGGCGGAUUCCCUCCUCUGCCGCCGCCUCCUCAGCUGCCCGCUUUGGGCGCGGGCCUGGGAACAGUGGACGAAGGUGACUCUCUGGAUGGACCAGAAUACGAGGAGGAAGAGGUGGCUAUCCCGCUGACCGCUCCUCCAACUAACCAGUGGUAUCAUGGAAAACUUGAUAGAACUAUAGCAGAAGAACGGCUCAGGCAGGCAGGGAAGUCCGGCAGUUACCUUAUAAGAGAAAGUGAUCGGAGGCCAGGGUCCUUUGUACUUUCAUUUCUUAGCCAGACAAAUGUUGUCAACCAUUUUAGGAUUAUUGCUAUGUGUGGAGAUUACUACAUUGGUGGAAGACGUUUUUCUUCUCUGUCAGACCUAAUAGGUUAUUACAGUCAUGUUUCCUGUUUGCUUAAAGGAGAAAAAUUGCUUUAUCCAGUUGCACCGCCAGAGGCAAUAGAAGAUAGAAGGCGUGUUCGAGCUAUUCUACCUUACACAAAAGUACCAGACACAGAUGAAAUAAGUUUCUUAAAAGGAGAUAUGUUCAUUGUUCACAACGAAUUAGAAGAUGGAUGGAUGUGGGUUACAAAUCUAAGAACAGAUGAACAAGGUCUUAUUGUUGAAGACCUAGUAGAAGAGGUGGGCCGAGAAGAGGAUCCACAUGAAGGCAAAAUAUGGUUCCAUGGGAAAAUUUCCAAACAAGAAGCUUACAAUUUACUAAUGACAGUUGGUCAAGUCUGCAGUUUUCUUGUGAGGCCGUCAGAUAAUACUCCUGGUGACUAUUCACUUUAUUUUCGGACCAAUGAAAAUAUUCAGCGAUUUAAAAUAUGUCCAACACCAAACAAUCAGUUUAUGAUGGGAGGCCGGUAUUAUAACAGCAUUGGGGACAUCAUAGAUCACUAUCGAAAAGAACAGAUUGUUGAAGGGUAUUAUCUUAAGGAACCUGUACCAAUGCAGGAUCAAGAACAAGUACUCAAUGAUACAGUGGAUGGCAAGGAAAUUUAUAAUACAAUUCGUCGUAAAACAAAGGAUGCUUUUUAUAAAAAUAUUGUUAAAAAAGGUUAUCUUCUAAAAAAGGGCAAAGGAAAAAGGUGGAAAAAUUUAUAUUUUAUCUUAGAGGGCAGUGAUGCCCAACUUAUUUAUUUUGAAAGUGAAAAACGAGCUACAAAACCAAAAGGAUUAAUAGAUCUCAGCGUGUGUUCUGUCUAUGUUGUUCAUGAUAGUCUCUUUGGCAGGCCAAACUGUUUUCAGAUAGUGGUUCAGCACUUUAGUGAAGAACAUUACAUCUUCUAUUUUGCAGGAGAAACUCCAGAACAAGCAGAGGAUUGGAUGAAAGGUCUGCAGGCAUUUUGCAAUUUACGGAAAAGUAGUCCAGGAACAUCUAAUAAACGCCUGCGUCAGGUCAGCAGUCUUGUUUUACAUAUUGAAGAAGCCCAUAAACUCCCAGUAAAACAUUUUACUAAUCCAUAUUGUAACAUCUACCUGAAUAGUGUCCAGGUAGCAAAAACUCAUGCAAGGGAAGGGCAAAACCCCGUGUGGUCAGAAGAGUUUGUCUUUGAUGAUCUUCCUCCUGACAUCAACAGAUUUGAAAUAACUCUUAGUAAUAAAACAAAGAAAAGCAAAGAUCCUGAUAUCUUAUUUAUGCGCUGCCAGUUGAGCCGGUUACAGAAAGGCCAUGCCACAGACGAAUGGUUUUUGCUCAGCUCCCAUAUACCAUUAAAAGGUAUUGAACCAGGAUCUCUGCGUGUCCGAGCACGAUACUCCAUGGAAAAGAUCAUGCCAGAAGAAGAGUACAGUGAAUUUAAAGAGCUUGUACUGCAAAAGGAGCUUCAUGUAGUCUAUGCUUUAUCACAUGUAUGUGGACAGGACCGAACACUACUGGCUAGCAUCCUACUGAGGAUUUUUCUUCAUGAAAAGCUUGAAUCAUUGUUGUUAUGUACACUAAAUGACAGAGAAAUAAGCAUGGAAGAUGAAGCCACUACCCUAUUUCGAGCCACAACACUUGCGAGCACCUUGAUGGAACAGUAUAUGAAAGCCACUGCUACACAGUUUGUUCAUCACGCUUUGAAAGACUCCAUCUUAAAGAUAAUGGAAAGCAAGCAAUCUUGCGAGUUAAGUCCAUCAAAGUUAGAAAAAAAUGAAGAUGUGAACACUAAUUUAGCACACCUAUUGAACAUACUUUCAGAGCUUGUGGAGAAAAUAUUCAUGGCUUCAGAAAUACUUCCACCGACACUGAGGUAUAUUUAUGGAUGUUUACAGAAAUCUGUCCAGCACAAGUGGCCUACAAAUACCACCAUGAGGACAAGAGUUGUCAGUGGUUUUGUUUUCCUUCGACUUAUCUGUCCUGCCAUCCUGAAUCCCCGGAUGUUUAAUAUCAUCUCAGAUUCCCCAUCUCCUAUUGCUGCAAGAACACUGAUAUUAGUGGCCAAGUCUGUGCAGAACUUAGCAAAUCUUGUGGAAUUUGGAGCUAAGGAGCCUUAUAUGGAAGGUGUCAAUCCAUUCAUUAAAAGUAAUAAACAUCGUAUGAUCAUGUUUUUAGAUGAACUUGGGAAUGUACCUGAACUUCCGGACACUACAGAGCAUUCUAGAACUGACCUGUCCCGCGAUUUAGCAGCAUUGCAUGAGAUCUGUGUGGCCCAUUCAGAUGAACUGCGAACACUCAGUAAUGAGCGUGGUGCACAGCAGCAUGUACUGAAAAAACUUCUGGCUAUAACAGAACUGCUUCAACAGAAACAAAACCAGUAUACAAAAACUAAUGAUGUCAGGUAGCAGCCUUCGCCUCAGCAUUCUGCAUGGAUUCAGCAUGUCCAACAUGGUAAUUCACAUCCGUAUAAUGUCUCCUUUGCUCUUGCCAAAAAUAGCACACCUUUCCACAUUCCAGUGAUGUGUGAGCUAUGCAAACAAAACCCAAGAUUCUGCUGGUGAGUAACUGUGCCAGCAGCUUUGUAAGCUAUCUGUGCAGGAUAUUUGCACUUUUUCCACAUAUGGAAUUAACCUUUACCAACCUCUGAGCCUUGGUGUACAGAUCACCUUUCACACAAUGCUGACUGUAUCUUGAACUUUGAAAAUAUAUUUUCAGUACAUCGAAUUGCCAAAGUUUUGCUGUCUCUUGGAAAAAGACCUAUCAACUAAGAAAAAGCAUUCUGUUAAGUAUAACUGGAUUGCAGACUGUUCUUAUUAUAACUUCUUCCUGAAUUAGGACUAUGACCGUUUGACUGUUCAAUGACUUUAUUUGUAUUUACAGUUUCCAGAGUUUGCCAUUAUAAUAGGAACAAUCUUUGCUGUAUACUUUUUUUUUAAAAAAAAUAACUGUGCUAUUUCUCUUUGCUGGAACUGUUGAAAGAAAAUAUAUAGAAUCGAUCUAUUGCUCAUCAGCUUUAUUUUUUAAACAUACCACUUAUUUUGUUUGUUGGAAUUGUCAAAGACUGUAUUUAGAUCUCAUAAUGCUUUUGAUAAAUGUUUACAACAGUAAAUAGUUUGAGUUCAAUAAGUAUUAUUGGUCACUAUGUACUGAUAAGUGCAUGUUACCCAUUCAGCCGUUUUAUAGAAAACACCCGUAGAAUGCUUUUGUUGAAAGUAUGUUUCUUAAUUCCAAGUUGAUUUUUUAAAUUAUGCAAAAACCUCAUCAUCUACUUAACAGCUUUCCAUCUUUGACCUUCUGACUACUUGUUGUAUCUGCUGGAUAUUUAGUUUUGACUGUAUAGUUUCAUUUGCUUCUAUAUGUGUAUUUUUGUGAAGUAUUCACAGGGGUAAGUUAAAAUAAAACUGAGGGAUAUCUUGAAUAAUUGAUUACUUCUGUCUAAAUACAGCUAAACAUUUAUUAUUAUUUUCUUCCUCCUUUAGGAACAGUUCAAAUUUAGUACCAGAGCAAGGUCCAGGGAGAAGAUGAAAUGCCAGAUUUUUCUUUCUGGCCAAUGGUCUCUUGAGAAGUUGUGUAUUUGGUAGGGGUAAUAAUUCUUUCCCUCCCAUAAUUGUGCGGGGGUGGGGGGAAGGCACACCAAAGUGGUUCGAGACGGGGAUGUAUUAGGGAAAGCAUUUAUACUUUCUAAAUAUCCAGGUUCCAAGAGUAACACUUUAAAAUACAGGUAAAAACAAAAUUUAAAAAAGGGGUAGUAUAAAGUGUUAACUAAUUGAGGGUUCAGUAGAUUUCUGUGUAGUGUAAUUUUGAGCUAUUAAGGUGUAUGGCGGUAAGCUAGCCCUGGAGUAGCUGCGAUCCCACCUGACGAGUGAGCAGAUGCUCAGCACACCCUGUGUUCCUUUUCCAUCCCUCCUGCUCUGCAGCUAGACGUCCACCAUAGGUAUGUGACAUUUGUCUCCAGAUUCUAGUAAAUGCCUCUGUAAACCUAAAGUCAUCCUGCUUUUUAUAAAUUCCUGACAUGCUCAUCACUUAAACUGGAAUAGGAAAUUUGUCAUUUUACCUUUGUUGGUCUUGGGUUAACUAGCUGGUCAGUGAUGAAAUUUUUAAAGGGGCUGGGGAGGAAAAUUUUCUGCCAAAAGUGUGGACCUUGCUCUGAUGCCAAACUUUAGUGACCUAAAAGAGAAACGAGAAAUUGUGAACAGUUGGCAAUUCUGUCUAGAGGCUGGCAACAGUGCUACUUAACCUGGGUUGCCCUGGAGGAUUGUCAACUUUGGCUUCUUCCACUCCUCUUCUGAAUUCUAGUCCUCUCAUUCCACAAUGAGAAGGAAACUAAAACCCCAAAACUCAAGCCUAAAAUAUAAAUAUAAAUAUAAAGAAUUAUUAGAGAACAAUAUGAACAUAGUAAAUAUUACUCUCAAAUACUAAGAUGUAACUAAAUGGUACCUAUACUUUGUGGAAAAGUACAGCCUGGGAUACACUGACAAUGAGGAGAGGUAUGUGUGUAUCUAUAAAACUUCAUUUCAGAGCAAUUUUCUCAGAACUCCUUCAAACCCAUUUUCCAAGAAAAAAAAAAAACUUGACAGACAUCCAUAAUUUGGUUCCAACUUAGAAACUAACAUCACAGUUAAAUAAUUUAACAAAUGUAAUAGCCAAUAUUCCUUAGCACUUUUAAAACUGACUUACCCUUUAAUAAAAAGGGUACCACAAAGACAAAACUUUUGGUACGUUUGCUUAUUACAUUUUGUUUAAAAUAUAGGUUCUAUAUUUUAAAUUUGGCUACUAUAGAAAAUGAUUUGAUAUUAGUCAUGGUGGGGGCAAGAUUGCCCAAAACCAGGUACUUAUUCUGGCUCUUUUGAAGAUGUUUAGUUUCGAUAAAACUACUCUGAAAGGAAAAAAAUUUAAAUAACAAACAGAAAAGCUUAAUAUAUUUUGAUGCUUUUACAUUAUUUCAUUUUUAAAUAAAGUUAAAUGGCCAGAUAUGCUUCAUCCUUCUGUUGAUUAGUUUUAGCACUGACAAAUCAAUUUCAAAUGGUUUAGAGAGAAUCUACCAGGUCAUCAUCAGUCCAUUCCUCCUAAGAAGGAAAGAAAAUGUCGUAAGGAUAACAUUAUACUGAAGCAUAACCAGUACUGUUUACCUUCUUGCCUGCCUUUAGAAGAAUGUCCUCCCCUGCGAUGCUGUUUAUAGAAGAUAAAUAAAAUGGGAAAAUCUGUAGCAGUUUAACCUUAUAAUAAUAUGGCAUGGUCCACCAAACUACUCCAGUGACAGGAAUAAAGAUUACAGUUGUGACCUUA